AUGCCUUCUUCUUCCGUAGGAAUCUCUCUUUCCUUCCUUUUCUGGGCUCUGCUAAUCUCACCGUCUGUCUCACAAACCUGCAAGUCACAAACAUUUUCCGGUGACAAAUCCUACCCUCACUGCCUCGACCUCCCUCAACUCAAAGCCUUCCUCCACUACUCUUACGAUCCCGCAAACACAACCCUCGCCGUCGUCUUCUCCGCUCCGCCUUCAAAGCCUGGCGGAUGGAUUGCUUGGGCAAUAAAUCCAAAGUCGACCGGUAUGGUCGGAGCUCAAACCCUUGUCGCCUACAAGGAUCCAGACAACGGUGUCGCCGUCGUGAAGACCCUCAACAUAAGCUCAUACAGCUCGCUUACUCCGUCGAAGCUGGCAUUUGAUGUCUGGGACAUGAAAGCCGAGGAAGCGUCGAGAUCGUUGAGGAUCUUCGCGAGGAUUAAGGUUCCGGCUGAUUUAGCGGCGAAUGGAAAGGUGAACCAGGUCUGGCAAGUCGGUCCUGAAUUGGGCCCUGGGGGGAUGAUAGGGAAGCACGAUUUCGACCCUCCGAAUCUUGAUUCUAAAGGUCCUCUGGAUAUAACCGGCGACAACAGUGGUGGCGUAAUCUCCGAUGGUGAGGGAGAUUCCAAGGUCAAGAAGAGAAAUAUUCAUGGGAUAUUAAACGCAGUGAGUUGGGGAAUUCUGUUUCCGAUAGGAGCAAUUAUAGCGAGAUACAUGAGGAUAUUUGAAUCCGCAGAUCCUGCCUGGUUUUACCUCCACGUUUCUUGUCAGUUCGCUGCUUACGUCAUUGGGGUUGCCGGUUGGGCAACCGGACUCAAGCUUGGCAGCGAGUCCGAUGGUAUUCGCUAUGCCAGCCACGGUAACAUCGGCAUUGCCCUCUUCUCCCUCGCCACCAUUCAGAUGUUUGCAAUGUUGUUGAGGCCUAAAAAAGACCACAAGUACAGAUUCUAUUGGAAUAUCUACCACCAUGGAGUUGGCUAUUCGAUCCUUAUCCUCGGGAUCAUUAAUGUCUUUAAAGGUCUCAGCAUCUUGAAACCACAAGACACGUACAAGACGGCUUACAUUACAGUGAUCGCGUGCCUUGGAGGCAUAGCUUUGCUCUUGGAAGCCGUUACUUGGGUCAUUGUGCUCAAGAGAAAAUCGAACAACCCAAUGAAGCCUCUUAGGACCUAA